CUAAAGCUGAAUACGGGCUGCGUUGCGGCUUCAUGGCGCUGUGAGCCGCAGACCGGCGGGCUGCAGCCCCUCACGCAGACCGCAGAGCGCCGGCGCUCCCUGCAGCCGGUUGUCCGCGCGCUGGAGUGGACUAAUUGCGGUCAUUUAACCUAUGAAAGCAAUCUAAUCGAGGUAAUUAAAGAUGGCUAUGAGGAGUGAGAGCAGAGUGGAGCUGGACGCCGAGGUUGAAGAGGAGGAGAGUUUUGGGCCACAGCCCCUGAACCGUCUGGAGCAGUGCGGGAUCAGCGCCAGUGACCUGAAGAAGCUGGAGGAUGCCGGCUUCCACACCAUCGAGGCCGUGGCGUACGCCCCCAAGAAAGAGCUGCUGAACAUCAAGGGCAUCAGCGAGGCCAAAGCCGACAAGAUCCUGGCAGAAGCUGCUAAGCUGGUUCCUAUGGGUUUCACCACGGCCACGGAGUUCCACCAGCGCAGAGCUGAGAUCAUCCAGAUCUCCACAGGGUCAAAAGAGCUGGAUAAGCUUCUGCAGGGUGGGAUUGAGACGGGAUCCAUCACGGAGAUGUUCGGCGAGUUUCGUACGGGAAAGACUCAGCUGUGCCACACGCUGGCGGUCACCUGUCAGCUGCCUAUCGAUCAGGGCGGAGGGGAAGGGAAAGCCAUGUACAUCGACACCGAGGGCACCUUCCGUCCAGAGAGGCUUCUGGCCGUCGCUGAGAGGUAUGGGCUGGUGGGCAGUGACGUCCUGGACAACGUAGCUUACGCUCGAGCCUUCAACACCGACCAUCAGACGCAGCUGCUGUACCAGGCCUCGGCGAUGAUGGCAGAGUCCAGAUAUGCACUGCUGAUAGUAGACAGCGCAACAGCGCUGUACAGGACGGAUUAUUCCGGAAGAGGGGAGCUGUCGGCUCGGCAGGGCCACCUGGGUCGCUUCCUCCGCAUGCUGCUGCGCCUCGCUGACGAGUUCGGCGUCGCCGUCGUCAUCACUAAUCAGGUUGUAGCUCAGGUGGACGGAGCAGCCAUGUUCUCGGCAGAUCCGAAAAAGCCCAUUGGAGGAAACAUCUUGGCACACGCCUCCACUACCAGGCUGUAUCUGAGGAAGGGAAGAGGCGAGACCAGGAUCUGUAAGAUCUACGACUCCCCCUGUUUGCCUGAGGCGGAGGCAGUGUUUGCCAUCAACGCGGACGGAGUCGGAGACGCCAAGGACUGAGGCAGCGAGCGGGAGGACGGUUUGGACUUUGACUGAAACGCGUGGCGACGAGUUACACCCCCGUUCCGCUCCGGCUGGGGCGGAGGUGCCUCGUCGCUAAGCGAAGAGAAACUCGUGUAACGUGCUGCUUUAACCCGUGGCUGAUCUGGCGCUGCCUCCACAGUCGCGAGUCAGAGACGACUGCCUAUGAUGCACAGCCUGACGUAAACAAAGGCAGCUCCCCUGGUUACGUUCACGUGAGGUCGUGGUCCAUCAUGAUGUCCACAGGUAUGCUUCAAGCCUUUAAAGGACCGGUUCACCCAGAAACCUUCACACGGCGAGUCCGUCCGUCCGGCACGGGCGUGUUUAGUGUUCGCACUGGAUGCUGACGCGGUCGGCGAGUAACGCGAGCUUGCCCCCCCCCCCCCCCCUCCCCCCUCCGGAGUCAAAUGGACACGUCAGUCUGGAAUAUCGGGCGGAUCCGGUCACUGUCCGGGGCUGAAGAUGUUCACCCGCUUAUCUGUUUUACUGAUAAUGAACGAAACUAGUAGCUGCCUGUACGGACGUCUGGAGAGGCCAUGAGCUGUUGCUAGAACCUCAAGAUAACAAUCCAGAAGAUAACAAGAUAAACAUGUUAUUUCAGGAUAACAUUUAUCUUGAGAAGCUGAAAACUUUUUUUUUUUUUUUUAGGGUAACACUUGUUUUUUUUUAAAAGAUAACUUAUUUCAAGACAAUUUUCGUGUGAUCUCAAGAUGAGGUUAACUUAAGAACAUCUCGAGAUAAGUAACCCUAUUUUGAAAUAAGAUGACUUGAGAUCACAAGAUGAUCAUCUCGUCAUCUUAAGAUAACUUAUCUCUACGUAACUUGAUAUUUCAGGAUAACAAUUGUCAUCUUGAGAUCACAAGAUAAUUGUCUUAAGAUAACUCAUUAUCUUGUAAUCUUGAGAUGUUAUCUCAAAGUAACAGUCCAGAAGGUGGUCGCUACCCCGUGGCCUCUCCGGACGUCCGUAACGAGUCGGCUGGCUAGUCCCCCAUUCGGUGGUGUUGGUGUUCCUUUAGACGUUCCCUGUGUGUUUUGUGGAUGAUGAGCAGUGGUGUGGCGCCCCCUGCAGGAUGAGUGAACUGAGAGCUUCUGUGUUUAAUGACAUUAUUAACCUCUCCCUCCUCAGACAGGCUAACCUUCUUAUUCCUUUUCAGGGUGAUGUAAUAACCGGGUAAUUAGUGGAGAUAAUAAUAAUAAUAAUACGGCUGAUAUUUUAUUAUUAUUAUUAUUAUUGUUAUUGUUUAGUUUUCUUCUGUUUGUUCUCAUCUGCUAGUUUAGUUUGAACUGUAUUCUUUCUGUAUAUAAACUCUGAGCUGACCCCGUUUGGUUUGUCAUGGUGUUUAUUGGGGGGAU